AUGUCGUACAAAUGGCAAAGAGAAGAUUGGGGAUGUGAAUUAGGUGAAAAUGAACGAAUUAUUGAUUGGUCAUUCUUAGCGGAAUUGAAUUUCACAUUAGCUGCUUUACUGACUUCUAAAGGUGGAGUUCUAAUUUAUUCUAACGUUGGAAGCAGUGGCGUUAAACUCUGUGUUACUCAUUUACGGAAAUUUGCUCCAACUGUAAAUGAGGCUGCUGCCGUAUGUCUUCUUCCUGAUGCAAGUGGUCUUGCAUUUAUUCUUUUAAAAGGGAGUGUUUUACUGGUACCACUGCGGUGCAUUUUAGAUGUGCCGUGGGGUAGAUGUGAUAUUUUGGCCAAUGAUUCCAUUUCAAUUUUGGAAGUUAAUGGUGUGGAGGAAGGAUGCCUCUGUAUACCAACAUCUGCACUUUGUUACACUGCCCAUCAUUCAAAUCGUCCUUACUUAAUAUAUGCGAAUAAGGGUGGACAACUAUUCAUUAUUGAUUUAACCAUGAUGGUAGUGUCCGUAAUGUUAAGAGCACCAGCAAGCAUUCACAGCAUUUCUUUGUAUGCAAGCAAAGGCGAUGUUCAUUUACUGGUAAGUGGUUUCACCAAUGAACAGUGGAUAUUGCCACUGGAAACUGAUGGACGUGGUUUGCGUGAAACAUUAGGUCAGGUUAUACCAUGGGAUCUAAGAGAGCAGUAUCACAAAACAUCUCAAAUUAGUGUUGCUUUCGAUGGGAAUCUUGCCGCACUUAGCACUGAAGAUUGUGUUGUCAAGUUCUACGACGAUACUGAUAUGAAAAUAGCGAAAAAUUCUAUCUGCGUGCCUGAAAACACGUGGCAGGUGCAUAUUCUCCCACAUGCGAUUUUUGCUAUUACUGAUCAGGUUUCUGGUACUGGAGUUUCGGUCCACUUCGGCGGUUUGUUUAGUGCUGCAAAGAUUUUUUACGAAAAAAUCCUUGAUUUUUCAAAUGAGAAAGUAUUGGGUUUUGUACCGAUCCUAUGCGAAAAUAUUUUGCCUUCGUGUUUGCUUGUGACGGAACAUGAUGUUAUCGUUUUAUCUCCAAAUAAGUCUUUACGCGAAGUUCUGGUUGAUUAUAUCGCGAAACUCGACUACAGUUAUAACGUUUGCACGUUGGUUGCUGAAAAAUUUAGAUUAAGUACCGCAGAUAUAGUUCAAGAUGUCCUCGAUGAUACUUUCUCUACUGUUCAGAAUUCUAUAGACCGAGAAAUCAUUCUGGAUAAAUUAAUUCGUCUUGCACUUGAUUCAUCUAUGGAUCUUAUCACUUUAAUACAGUGGUGCACGAAGAAUAACUCUGAAUAUGCCCUUGUGGAAGUGGUGAGAAACAUAUGUGCAGGAGAUCCAAAUGAAGAAGGUAGACAUCACAUGAUCAACCUGUGCAUGGCCCGUUAUAAAGCUUGCCCUCAAGACAGAGAUAAGAUUGAAACCAUUUUAAACGAAUUUUUGGUGCGACAUCCAGAUGUUCAUAUUGGCAUGGAGCAGUUGCUUGAAGCGGAUUUUUGGACUAGUGUUGCUAUAGUCGUUGAUAAUUCGUUAGAUAAAGCUGAAACUGUCGGAAGAUAUCUAGCAAAGACCAAAAAGGAUUGGCCAGUUGUUCAUAGCUCAUUUAUUGUGAAGAUUUUGUCAUCUUUGUGUUGGAAAUCAUACAGCAAAGAGGAUGGCGAAAUACUUUUACGCCGAAUGACGGAAUUUGUACCUCAUCUCAGAUCUGUACCACAUCUCACUACUUUUGCUAAGAUUGGUGUAGAACAGGUGACGAGUUACCAACACAGUGCAGCUGUUCUAUACGUGUUAUCCUCGUUGCAUUUGAUGCAAGCAACAUACAAUACUUGUCUUCCUUCUGCAACGGAUAGCAUUAUUUCAAGUGGAUCGAACUUUACCGCUGUAGUGACUUCUGAAGAAGGUGUUGGUUAUUGGGGAGAAUUCUCCCCAGGACCAUUAAAAUCAAAAGAAUGUGAAAAACCUCAUAGGCAACGUGUAUCUCGUUUAUGUAUGCUGAAUAUACCUGCUAGAAUUUGUAGCGUUUCUUGCGGCACUGAGCAUCUGCUUUGCUUAACUAUACAUGGGAAAGUCUAUGCAUUUGGUCGCAAUAGAUUUGGUCAGUGUGGCGUUGGUCAUACAGAUGAGGUCACAGCUGCCACAGAAAUUAUUGAUAAUUAUGGGAGCGCCCGUACAGUAUGUGCUGGACAUUACCAUUCAGCUCUAAUCAAUGAAAAGGGAUGUGCUUUCACUUGGGGUUGGUCAUUUUAUGGACAGCUAGGAAUUAAUACUCGCUCUUCAUUUGCAGACGAAUUUGUGCCGAAACUAGUGAAGUCCUUGAAAGGGCGAGUUAUUUCAGUUGCUUGUGGAUAUGCACAUACAUUGUUUUUGAUGGAAUCAGGCGUUAUUUAUUCUUGCGGUAACGGGUCAUAUGGACAGCUGGGUACUGGUGCUGAAAUAAAAAAGCGUUUUAAGCCUGAGGCAGUUCCUGUGCCCGAUAAAGUCAGUAUGAUUGCUUCGAAGUAUUUCCAUUGUUUAGCUGUAUCCGAAGGGCAGAAAAUUUAUUGCUGGGGCGCUAAUCCUCAAGCACUAAAGAUGAAAAUGUUUGUCAAACGAAGAUUGCGCACAGAAGCAGAUAAGAAUACUUCAGUUACUGGAAAGACAAAUGACAAACUGGUAAUCAAUAACGAUCACUUAGCAGUCACUCAAUUAGAACAUAUGGUGCAAGGGAAAAUAAUACAUAUUGACGCAGGUUAUAGUCAUUCAGCUCUUGUAAACGAAUGUAAAAAUCUGUACACAUGGGGUAAAAGUUUGGACAUGCAACUGGGUCAUGGUAACAAGAAAGAGCAGGAGGAACCUCAUCAGUUGUUUGAACCAGCUGAUGUAGCCUGGGAUUUCGUUUCAUGCGGAUACGAUUUCACUACUGCAGUAACGUCCAAGGGCACUAUUUACGUGUGGGGAAGAAAUUAUAAAGGCCAUUUGGGUGUUGAAUUAGGCGUUUCUUCAUCAGUCAGUCGUAAAAUUGUAUUCAAAACAGUGAAAGGUCCUUCGAAAACAAUUGAAGUGGCUGGUGACAGUCCUUGCAUACCACGACCGACAAAGUUUCCAUCUCUGGUUGCAUUUACGCUUACAGAAGUUUGCUUCGACGAAGUGAGGAAACGUAAUUUCAUUAAUUUUGUGAAAAAAAUGGACUCGAAUACGAUCUCAUAUAUUUCUUCUCUGCUUCUUAGAAAUCCAGUGUAUUGUCUUCCUACUGUAUAUGUGCAUUUAUUGGCUGGCAAUCUCAUUCAUGCUAUUGAAUUUCUUUUACAAAUACCAUCAAAAGAAAUAGAGGAAGUAGCGGAUAAUAAUAAUGAGCAGGAAGGAAGCGAAUUAUUUGCGUUUAUUGAUAUUGUCUGGGAUUUGAUGUGCAAACACCCAAAUAUCACGGUUCAGUCCAAAGCUGUAUCGGAUUUGCUGGGCACUUUCGCUAUUGGUGAUCGUGUUGUUAAGAGUAAGAAGAUGAGCACUUUGGCUCCACUCCUCUUGAUUUCGAAACCAGAAGCACUUUCUUCAUUAAAUUCAUCUGAAACCCUGGAAAUUCUAGAAAAAUGGCAACCCGAUCCAUUUUUUCAUGGCCUACAAAUAUCUCAAAAUUCUGUUCAGAAUUACUCGGGAAGAAUCCGCUAUUGGACUUGCUGUGGUGCUGUAGAAAAAUGCCCCGUGACGGUUCGGAAUAGUACAAUUAACGAUAAAAGACGAAUUUGCCCAAAGUGCUGCGAAAAGUGGUCGUGUUCAGUACGAACAAAGUUUCUCAAGUACGAAAAUGACGAUAAUGAUUAG